GGAGAUGGAGCCCUGGAAAGAAGACGACAGAUGGAGAACUCAGUGCUUAGCGUAUAGUAGGUGCUUGAAAAUAUCUGGAAUUGAAUGGGGGACAGGAAAGAGGUAUUCGGAGAAGAGUUGGAAGGAAUAAACAGCAGAUAAGGGAGUUGAGAAUGGAAGAAACCAAGUGAAAUUUCCAGGAAGAGGAGAGCUGAUGAAGAAGGAAUGGGUCAAGGAAGGAAUACAGCACCAAGGGACACACAAGCCAUGUGUACUGAAAGGGAGUUGGAGGAGAAAAAGACGCAGCUGGAGCCAGAGAAGGCCAGAGACCCAGGCAGAGCCCAGCCGAGCUCUCGCGGGCGGAGCUACCAAGAGGAGACUGGCCGAUGCUGGGAGGAGAUGCCUGCGUCUCUGGGGGGCGAUUGGCAAAACGGGCCGCCCAUCACCGCCCCCUACUUCCUGGCCAGCCCCGGAAACCAGCAGGCGUUGGGGGGGGGGGGAUAGCGGCAACAGCAGCCCCAGCCCUCAGAGAGACAGCAGGAAGGAAGGGAGGAAGGGAGGGAGCUGGGGGGACAACCCCCCUCACCAUUCCUACCGCAAUGGGCCCAGCCUCCCACUCUCACCUCCCCUCCAUCGGCCGGGGCUAGGACACCCCCAAAUCCUGUCGCCCCUUUGGCACCGACACCCCGACCGAGGCAGAGACACAGCCACCCGCCACCACCGCUGCCGCAGCCUGGCUGGGGAGGGGGCCAGCCCCCCGGGCCCCCCACCCCACUGAGGCGGCCAGAAUGGAGCUGUGGCCGGGGGUAUGGACCGCGCCGCUGCUCCUCCUCCUUCUGCUGCCCCUCCUGCUGCCCGCCCUGUGGUUCUGCAGCCCCAGUGCCAAAUACUUCUUCAAGAUGGCCUUCUACAAUGGCUGGAUCCUCUUCCUGGCUGUGCUCGCCAUCCCUGUGUGUGCCGUGCGAGGGCGAAACGUCGAGAACAUGAAGAUCUUGCGCUUGAUGCUGCUGCACAUCAAAUACCUGUAUGGGAUCCGAGUGGAGGUGCGCGGGGCUCACCACUUCCCUCCCUCCCAGCCCUACGUCGUGGUCUCCAACCACCAGAGCUCACUGGACCUGCUUGGGAUGAUGGAGGUACUGCCAGGCCGCUGUGUGCCCAUUGCCAAGCGUGAGCUGCUGUGGGCUGGCUCUGCUGGGCUGGCAUGCUGGCUGGCAGGAGUCAUCUUCAUCGACCGGAAGCGCACAGGGGAUGCCAUCAGUGUCAUGUCUGAAGUCGCCCAGACCCUGCUCACCCAGGACGUGCGGGUCUGGGUUUUUCCUGAGGGCACGAGAAACCACAAUGGCUCCAUGCUGCCCUUCAAACGUGGCGCCUUCCACCUUGCAGUGCAAGCCCAGGUUCCCAUUGUCCCCAUAGUCAUGUCCUCCUAUCAAGACUUCUAUUGCAAGAAGGAGCGCCGCUUCACUUCCGGGCGAUGUCAGGUACGGGUGCUGCCCCCCGUGCCCACAGAAGGGCUGACACCAGAUGACGUCCCAGCUCUGGCUGACAGAGUCCGACACUCCAUGCUCACCGUUUUCCGGGAAAUCUCCACUGAUGGCCGGGGCGGUGGUGACUAUCUGAAGAAGUCUGGAGGGGUGGGCGAGGCCCGGCUCUGAACUCCCCUCCCAUUUACCCCCACCUUCCUCCCACACCUACCCGCCCAGUGCGCCCUGAUCCUCUUCCUUGUUUCUCCUCUCCCCACUGUUCUCCUCUUGGGAAUCUUCAACUUCUGAAGUGAAUGUGGAUACAGCACCGCUCCUUGUCCCCUCCCAGCUCUCCCCCACGGACUCUCUUGCCUCGGUGCAGUCUCCACUCUGACCCCACCCACCUCCUGUGCCAUCUUGUCUGUGGGACGGUUACCUCCCCCCUCAUCUCCAGUGGCUCACCUACACGAGGGUGGGAACACGCCAUCCUUUCCCCAGUGGACCCUCUUCCUUUGUGAUCUUCUCUCCCUCUCCACCCCACAUUGGCCAGUGGACUCAUCCAUUCUGUGGAACAAUACCCUCCCACAAGUCCAUGGAUUCAGUGGACUUAUCCAUUUGUGAGGACUCCUCACACUGUGGCUGGAAGUGAUGCCUGGAACAUUCCUGGCUUAUCCUGGGAACACUCUUCAGCACCCUCACACUCCCUCCCAUGGAGCCUGUCAGUGGAGGCUGGACUCUUCUCACUCAGAGGUCUAUCUCAUCCUGCCCAUACCCAGGUGCCCAGGGGUGAGCAUACUCCUAGAUGCCAGUUUGGUCUCCACAUUUCUGCUUCCCCCUGUCCCUGUGGUACAGUUCUUCAGUGGUCCUGGCCCCAAUCCAGCCCCCUGCAGCCCUGCUGUACCAUUCUAACCACACACAAGGGAAGAGGCAGACAUCAGGUGCUGCACUCACUUCUGCUCCCUGGGGAAUUGGGGAAAGGAACUGAACCCUGGCUGGACGGAUGGGAGGGCUUUUAAUUUAUUUCUCUUCCUUUUGAGGCUUCCCUUCUCUGAGCCAGUUUUCAUUUCCUCCCUGUGGCAUUAACCACUCCUGCCUCCCACCCCAGACCUAUGCCCACAAACUGGGGAGAUGGGCUGGGAGCAAAAGGAGAGGGCAGGACCCAGUUUUGCGUGGUUGGUUUUUAUUAAUUAUCUGGAUAACAGCAAGAAACCGAGAAUAAAGACAGAGAGAGAGAGA